AUGUCGUUGGCUCAAAAGCAGAAGCCCAGUGAACCAGUUAUCGACUUUAAUGACGGUGCGCCAGAUCAUUCAUUAGGAUAUGAUACCCCACCUUCUAUCAAUGACCGCGAGGCAAAGUCACCUGCCCGUCGUACUGGAACGCUUAUCAUGAAGAACGAGGGAACCAGCUACAUUGAUAGUGCGAACUGGCGUGCUAUUUUAGAGGAGAUCCAUGGUGUCAAAGAGUAUAUUGACGAUCAUGGCGACUCCGAAGAGGAGAUAAUUGAAGAUGACCCAUAUAAUGAUACCUCGCCAGCUCUUUUACUUGGGAUCGGUAGGCCGAUGACCAAGGAGGAAUUGCUUAUGGACAUCCCGCCGCGCUCCGUCGCCGAUCGAUUAGUUUCACGCUUUCUGAAGACUUCCGAACCAGCACUAGUCAUUAUCCAUGUGCCUAAAUUUCAAAAGGAAUACGAACAAUUCUGGAAGAACCCGCAUGAUACGUCAUUUACCUGGAUUGCCCUUUUGUAUUCCAUAAUGGCAUUAUCUGUGUCUUUGUAUCACAGAAGCGAGGAGCCUCUUCCCGCGAACAUGGUGAAUCUGAUGGGUUCAUGGAAUAUCUUUCGCAAGAAAGCUGCCCAGAGCCUGCUGCAAGCAAAUUAUCUGGCCCCAGGCCGCUACAAAGCAGAAGCGCUUCUCUUGUAUGCUUUAUGUGAGUUCUACAGAAGCCAAGAUGCGCAGAUUGGGGUAUCCUAUUUAUUGGGAAUCACGAUUCGUCUGGCUAUGCGCAUGGGCUAUCAUCGCGACUCGAAACAUUAUCCCAAUCUGUCUGCCUUUGAUGGUGAGAUGCGACGACGUCUCUGGGCUGUUCUCUGCCAACUCGAUAUCUUGGUAUCAUUCCAGGUCGGUCUUCCGCGAGCCAUUCAAUCCUGGCAGUCUGACGCAGAAAUGCCAUCCAACCUAUAUGACACGGAUUUUGAUGAAAAUUGCACUCAAAUCCCCCCGGCACGAUCAGAGGAUGAGCGGACUCCAUGUCUGUACACAGUGGCAAAAGACCGAAUUAUGAAAGUAUUUGGGCAGAUCAUCGAUUUGGCCUACUCAAACGAAGGAGUAUCGUACGACGAGAUCCUGCAAAUUGACCGCCGCCUGGAGGAAGCCCAUGAUUCAUUGCCUCCAUUCUUCCAGAUGCGACCCAUCGGUCAGUCUAUCGCAGACCCAACAGACCUGGUCAUACGAAGAUACACGCUAGAAAUCCUGUUUCAAAAGUGUCGGAUCGUGCUGCAUCGCCGUUAUAUGACUGAGCACAACAGCAAAUAUGCGUAUUCACGAUCAGUCUGCCUGGUUGCUGCCAAGAAGACACUUCGGCAUCAUGCUGAGAUUUGGAGUGAGUCCAUGCCAGGAGGACAGCUGUAUGCCGAGCGGUAUUUCAUCAAUUCCCUUCAGAACACCGACUUCUUGGCCUCAUCGAUGAUUCUUUGUCUUGCGCUUGCACAGGAAAGUCAGCAUGAUAAUACCGCUCGCUUGGAGCCACAAGAACGCAUUGAACUGGUCCGCCUGCUGGAAAGCACUCAUCGAAUUUUCGAAGAGGCGCGGCAUCGAUCCGUCGACACGCAAAAGGCCUUUGCCACAAUAAGCAUUAUGCUUAGAAGAGUAAAAGGCACUGAUGUCAAUAAUUUGGCGGCUGAGAGCAAGAGGCUAUCAGCUUCAGAGAAUGAUCAAUUGGCAUUUCAGCCGGCUCCGGAUCAACAGCAGCAGCAGCAGAUGUUUAAUGGGGUAGCCGCCAGUGGCAUGCAGGGCUCAAUGUAUAACACUGCCGAGACUCCAUCCUAUUCUUCACUAGAUGUGAUAGGUGACAUGCUAAAUACACCCGGGCAACUGGACUGGCGCUUGUACGACAGCCGAGUCUUUGGAUACGAGACCGCAAACCAGGAAACUGCUUGGGGGCCGCCUCCUGUCCCCACCGAAUCGUCUGGAAUGGACUUCGACCCCUAUUCCGCCAACCUCUAG